GAACACCAAACUCGCAGAGUCCUUCCUGCACUAAAUAUAUAUUUUGAUACGCAGAUUCGAGAAUAUCAGGCCUACAAUCUUUGGCCCACAUUUGUUCCCACCCAAGAUCCAUAAUCGAAUAGAAGUAACCAUCCCUCUCGAACUUCUUAUGCCCACUGCUCUCCCUCCCAUACUUCAGUCCCCGCUUUCGCCUCUUUCCCGAUACUUCACUCUCUGCUUUCAUCGUAUCUUCGAAAGUUAGUAUAGAAAAUGUUAUCAAGAGCACCGAGGACUGUGAAAAGUGGGGCUAAUAUGAGCUUUUUGAGGCUAUUUAGAAGAUAUGUAUCUAUUUCAAGCAGAGCUGUAAUGGACAUUGCUAGCAAAGAUGGGGAAUUAAGAGUGUUCAUUGUUGCCGGGGAGGUUUCAGGGGAUACCAUUGGUUCUCGUCUUAUGGCAUCCUUGAAGAAGCUUUCUCCUACUCCCAUUCGCUUUUCUGGUGUUGGAGGGUCCAUGAUGUCAAAGGAAGGAUUAGUAUCUCUGUUCCCUAUGGAGAACAUUGCAGUAAUGGGGAUAUGGGAGUUGUUACCACAUCUGAAUAAGAUUAGAGCAAAGUUGAAGGAAACAGUUGAGGCUGCUUUUCUAUUUCGGCCUCAUGUUGUUGUGACAGUGGAUGCCAAAGGGUUCUCUUUUGGUCUCCUAAAGCAGUUAAGAGCUAGAUACAGUUGGCAAAGAUGGGAUAAUCCUGUACACUUCCAUUAUGUGGCACCAUCGUUUUGGGCAUGGAAAGGGGGAGAAGCAAGACUGGGAGGCCUAGCUAAUUUUGUGGAUCAUAUUUUCUGUAUACUUCCAAAUGAGGAAGCAGUUUGUAAUUCUAAUGGAUUGCCUGCAACCUUUGUGGGCCACCCCACUCUGGAAGAUGUUUUUGAAUUGAAUUUGGGAAAGCAAACCUCACCAUUUGAAUGCAAAAUAGAGGGAAAAGGUGAAGACUUCCGAAGUAAAUUUGCAAUACCUCCUGGUGCCCCAAUCAUUUCCUUGCUUCCGGGGAGUAGAUUACAAGAGGUCACUCGGAUGCUUUCAAUCUUUGCAACUACCAUGGAACAGUUAAAAGACCAUUUGCUUGAGUUAGUUACAGUCAUUCACAUAGCUCCGAAUCAAGAUGUGGAGAAUUACAUAAGGGGUUCUGUUAAUAAGUGGCCUGUGCCUGCUAUAUUGGUCCCUGGAUGUCAACCACACAUGAAAUAUGAUGCAUUUAGCGAUCAUAACAACCUAACUCACCAAAGCGACACCAUCUUGGAGAUUACUUCCUUUGUUCACUUGCAAAUGCGUUGGGAGAUGCAUUUGGCCUUGCUUUUUACUUUGAAUUGGAUGGGUUUGACCUGUUUGUCAUGUUAGCAUGUUGUUUCCUAACCGGUGUAGUACUAUGCAGUGCUGUUUAGUUGUAAUGUUCCUUUAGGAGUGUUGUGAACUUGUGAUGCACAGUGCUUUUGCCUUAGCCGUUGGCACCUUUGUGUCUUCAUACCUUUAACAAUCUUAUGUUUUUGUUACUCAUUCAACACGGUAGAUCAAUGUUAAGUGUUAGUAUAUUGCCAAAGGAAAUCAAUAUAGCAAGCCACGUGCAGUAAUAAGUAGUUAAACCAAGUUUCUUGGUCACAUUUUCAUAGAUCAAGUUGAUUGCAAAACAUAUAAGAUAUCCACCACAUUCAGAUUGAAAAGGUGCAAAAAAUUAUUUAAAGAAAUUUGUGGUUCACCAAUUGAAAUAGUAUCAUGGUUUUAAAUCGCGGCUGCAGAUAAUGGAAACAGGCAUAUGCAAAUUUUUUAAAAAAAUUUGCAAAGCUUAUAAAUGCAAUGAUAUUGAUUAGAUUUAAUUCAGAGCAAUAUAUACAAAUGCAUAAUAAAUAUAAAUACAUAAAAUAUAGAUUAUUUAA